AUGGGCAUCCGUUUGUUCAAUGCUAAGCAGGUUGUGAGGCGUAUUCUUUUGUCUGCAGAAGGAAGCAGUAAUGUGCCAAAAGGCCAUUUUGUUGUGUAUGUUGGAGAAACUCAAAAGAGAUGUGUUGUUCCCAUCUCCUACUUGAAGAACCCUUCAUUUCAGAAGUUGCUUAGACAUGUUGAAGAAGAGUAUGGCUUUAACCAUCCUAUGGGAGGUCUCACCAUCCCAUGCAGCAUUAGCGAGGUCUGUGCCAAAAGCAGUCCUGAUGGGAAAGGAGGGGCUUCUAAAGAUGAUUUUCAUCUAUCCGACUGGAGACUGCUUGCGAUCCGUCCGUAA